GACCAAACCGAUAACUGCAAUGCCAACUCCGUAUGCGGCAUCUCCCUUCCAUCUGACAAUUGCUUGACGCUUCACGUGAAUGACACCGCGUGCUUCAAAUGCUUCAUCUCGAGAAGAAAUCCAGGAGACAAUGGAGGGAAAUGCAUCUUUUCGUCCAUUGAUUGCUAACAUGGGAAUGCCAUCAAACCGUUCUCCUAGUAAGAAGACUGCAUAUGCUACUCACUGUCCUUUGUACUCAGCAACGUCAAACACCCACACUCUUCCCCUGCAUUGCAACUGUACAUGGUCAGCCACCCAACAGCCACAGAACGGUACGCGCAGGCACAGAACACAGAACACAGACUACACCCUAAACUUGUCUCACUGCAUUACACCACGGCACUCCACUCUUCAAUCAUCCAUCCAUUCGUUCACUCUCAUUGAUCCAUUCAUCGAUUCAUUCAUCCAUUCAUUCAUUCACUCAUUCAUUCACUCUCCACCACUCUCUCUUCCUCCUCCCCUCAAUCUUUUCCUGGGCAAAAGGAAGAUCAAACGCUCAGUCCAAAGGCUCACACGAACAUCGUUCCCUACUUUUGUUCAUCGCUUCUCUCACGCCUCCUCCCUCUCUUCAUCCCAUCAGAACCCACCGUUUCUACUUAUAAAACAGACAUCCGAGCUCAGAAUCCUUGGGAAGACGAUUGUGGGAAAUAGAAGCUGGACUUUGCCGCACUUCAAGAUCUCUCCCUCUCUCGAGAAAGGAACGGAGCUGUCCUCCUCACACACACACACACACUCGACAUUCGACAUUCGUUCUUGAUUGCAAUUUUGUCAUUCGUUUUCAACAUCACCACACAUCUCUACAGUCGCAUUUGUCCCGGUAUUCUUCCCUUCCUGAAGAAAAGAGGGAAACUCAAUUUCGACCGCCAACCUCCGACCAAUUCCUAACGACCCCAUACCAAUUUCAAGGUACCGGUCGAAGGACGAUCAAACCCGCGCGCUUCAGAGUAACACCAUCAGGAAGACAUCUCACCAAAAAGAAUUAACAAUUAUUCCUUUUGCCAAUUGCUAUCGAUCACGUCGAGCAAUGCCAAUUUGAUCUCCAAUUGAGAAGAUUGCGAUACCAUUCAUUGGGCCGGGUUCGCUUCACAUCGCAUGAAGAGUGAAUAAAUAUUCUGGUCGCAUUCGCAUUCAUUUCCACUUUCUCGUGCGUGGAUUGGUCACCGAUCAACCAAAAUAUGAUUCAACAAUAGAAAUAGCCACAUUUUAUCUUUUCUAUUGUGCUUCUAGAAAUUGCUCAGCUUUAAUAAGCCACGGUCGACCCGCAAACUUAUAUCCACAAUCCUCCUGUCGUUGACGUUUGUACUCGUUACCCGUUUGUUCGACCUUCACCAUCCAAGACUAUUCGUCGUCUUACCCUUUUCAUAUCCGUCCUCAAUUGAGAUCAUCCAUACAGCCAAGUACAUGAAUUCGUACUCGACAGAUCAAUUGUACAUCACCCUCACUUAACCUGCACAAGUCGAUACUUCGCAGGCGGAGAACGACAAGUGCACCACACAUAGCUCGACGUUCAAUACAUCGAAGAGACUCACUCCUUGCGAAAUCUCCAACAAAACCUUCAAGGUUACAAUUCCUCUUUUCUAGCCAGGUGCUUCGACAUUAUAUCAAUUGUCAUCGUGGCAGAGCCAAACGAAUUUAAUUAAAACAUUUACCAUUUUACUAUUUCAAAUAUGGGAUUUUUUUCACGGCGUGUGAAUAAAGACGACCUACGUCCCGAACAGAAAUGGGACUUUAUUAGUCUCAACGAUUUCAAAUCCACUUCCUGUCUCACUCCUUUCGCAUAUGCAUAUCUGUGGAUUUCCUUGGUUAUAUCUACCGCCGUUUAUGGUGUAGAUACUUUUACCGCCGUUAACCUUUUGGCGUUCAAUCGAUGGUCGGGUGAAAUUCAACCGAUCAUUCCUCUCAAAGUUUCGAAAUGGAUCUUUUCUGGGUGUAUCAUUGCUUCUUGGGUUAAUCUCGGAUUCGAACAUUUACGUGCAUGGAGAGUUAUGCGACGUGGAGCUGUUGCCGAGAGUUAUUUGGAUAAUCUUGCUGUUCGACUGGAAAGUAUUAAAAUGGGACAGACUGGUCGAGGUUGGAGAAGAUUCUUGGUUUUUGCCGAAUUGACAAAAUCUAAAAAGGGAACUGAAUAUGUUGCACUCUUUACAUAUUUCGCUUUUCAAUCUUGGAUUCGUGUUGUAUUCUGUCAAGGACCUCGUCAAGUCAUCAACGCAUUAACUCUAUACUCAGUCUUUCAUGCAAAACUCGACCCUACUGAAUCCAAUGAUGUUGGAGAUGCCCUUUUGACUUUUUUCAAGAAGGUUGGAAUUCUUGCAGAACAAGAACAUCAGCAAGCUGUCAUCUUGUCUGGUAUGAUCUUCACACUUGUCAUUUGGAUCUUUUCCGCACUGAGUCUUAUCCUCGCAAUCUUGUUCUAUCUACUAUUCUUAUGGCACUAUAUUCCCAAUCACGAUGGUGGACUUACAGGCUAUUGUGAGCGAAAGAUUAAUGAACGUUUGACAAAGAUUGUUAGCGUCAAGGUCAACAAGGCCAUCGAGGAAGAGGAAAGAAAGCGAACCAAAGCAGAACAAAAGGCAGUAAAGAAAGGAGAGAAAGUCUCGGGACGUCAAGCUACUAUUCCAGCACUCUUCGAUUCAAAAGAAGACGAUAAACUUCCGGAUAUGCCUGUGCUCAAUAGAGCAGAUACUAUGUCAACCUUACCACAGUACACAUCACGACCAGGUACACCAAGUAGUAACCUUCCACAAACAGCCAGUUUCGAACUUGAGAAAUUGGAACAGAAGCGGCCAUUACCUGGAAGAUCUGUCACAGGGUCAAGUUAUGCUUCAAAUGCUCCUCUUAUGGGUAAUGCAGGUGACAUGGGAAGAUUACCGGAUUUACCACCACUUGAUACGGAUAUGCCAUUCCCUGCUCCACAAAGAACAAACACCGGAGGAUCUCAAGGUAGUCAAUGGCAACGUGGUCCACCACAAGGUCCUCCUCAAGGUCCACCAAGAAUGCCAUCUGCAAUGGGUGAUCGUGGAUUUACAGCAAGUCCAUUUUCUUAUGCUGAUGGACGAAAUACACCUGGAUUCCCUGGACCACAAAGACAAAAUACAAUGGAUUCUUAUGGACGACCAAUUCCUCGAUCACAUACACCUAUGGGUCCUGGUCCAGCUCCAUCUAUUGGAAGACGUACACCAUUCGAUCCUGCUAUGCAAAAUCCUCAAAAUCGCAUGAUGUCUCCUGCAUCAGAGUAUGGAUCAGAAUAUGGGAGACAAACGCCAUUCAAUCCAGCACUUCAAAAUCAAGGUCGAUCAUCACCAGCUCCAGGGUCAGAAUUUGGAGGUCCAAGACCACCAUUCAAUUUCUAUAAUGAUCAAGGGAGAUCAUCUCCAGCUCCUGGAUCGGAGUUUGGUGGUCCAAGACCACCUUUCAACUAUAACCAACAUGGACGCUCGUCACCUGCACCUGGACCUGAUUUCGGUCGUAGAACACCAUUCGAUCCAGCUUUACAAAACGAUGGACGUUCUGCUCCAGCUCCAUCAAAUAUGGGUCAAGGGUAUGGUCAAAAUACUCAAAGUCCGCCAUCAGCAAACCCAGCUGGGUAUAAAGCAUUCAAUCCCAAUUCCAUUAACCCAACAUUAGCAUCACCAGUUGAACAAGAAGAACAUCAACAUGGUUUUGAUUUUGGUACGGGCACAUCGAGUCCACCUCGAACUAGAAAUGUCACGGAACCUAUUCCUAGGGCUGCGACUACGGGACCAGAACAAAUGAGAUUUGGUGGAAAUCGAAAUGAAGAUUAUGAAGAUGAGGAAAUGGGACCUAUUUCACCUCCUAGGAGAGCUGCUACGGAAGUUGGUGGAUUCAAUCCAAAUCAAAGAACGAAUCAAAAUCAAGCUCAUCAAAGACAAGGAUCGGAGUCUGGUUCUGGUUCUGGUUCUGCACCAUGGGGAGGUUAUAGAUGAGAGAUGUUUUGAAUUUAAAGGGCUUGAAUGAUUUAGAAGGGCGUUCAAUCUGAAUUGGAUUGUAAAUUUAAGGCGAAAUGCUGAUAGGGGGUAUUAAACUUUCAACGGCGAUGAAUUAUAUACUUGAUGGUGUUUUGAGGUGGUUCUUUGGUGUUUAUGAGAAGGGAUUUUAUAUUUAUUCACUUACGUUCUUUAUGAAGAUAUUUGAAAGGGGAAGAUGAGGAAAAUUAGACUUUCAUACCACUUGUAUGUACGAUAGAAGAUUCACUGCUUGUGGGCCGGUGAUAUCAUAUCUGGGAGAUUGAUGCUUUGGGGAUGUUUAUACGAAUUGGUGGAUUGAAAGAUGGAUUGAUGAUAGUAAUGAAGAAUUACUGGAUUGGAAACGGUGGAAUGAAUUGAUGGUUUCGAAAUUAGGUGAGGUGGAUGAAUAGAUAGAUGUCUUUCAAAUAACUAGUUUGAAAGAGAUGAAAUGAUACCUUA